AUGGCGAGCUCGAAGCCUCGCGGACGGCCACCGGCCGACGGGAACUUUAUCAUGUGGACGGAGCCUCUGGUCGAGAGCUUACUGAAGUUGAGGUUUGAGAAGUACGCGGAGCCGAUGGCGGCUGCAAGAGGCACCAAAUCGCUCCGAGUAGCGUGGGCCGAGCUGGCGAAGGAGCUUACGCUGCAGAACAACGGGGACGUGGUGUCCGUGGAGCAGUGUCGCAACAAGCUCAAGGCGCUGAGAAACAAAUGGUUGGCUUACCACUCUGGAAUGGUCUCGGAACCAGUUUGUCUUGCACUCAUGGACGCUUGUUGGGGUAGUGAGAAAGAUGACGGAGUACCGGCCAAGUCGCAAAGUCACUCGAGACCGAGCCCAGAGCAUCGUAAACAAGCCAAGAAGCCACGAGUGGGGCCUUCUUCACCUUCAGGUGCUGAAGGGGGAUCGCUGGUUCCUAUCGCGUCAGCUCCAGCUCCGGCCUCACUUGUGGAUGCAGCUUCAGAUGUAGCCCUGGUGUCGACUUCUGCUCCACCUUUUGUUGAGGCGAAAGGACCCACGUCGACAGCAGCUUUGCGUUCGCGUCCGCAGACUGGUGCCCCAACGUCUAAAGCGGCCCCGGUACUAGACGGAGGAAAACAAGCCAUCCCGCAAGAUAUUACGUCGGCUUCCACUCAAACUGCUCGACUCAAUAAGCCUCCCCUGGAAUGCACAGGCAUGGCGAAAGUAGAGAAACUAAUCAACGACGGCUUCGCUAAGGUGCUAGAAGGUCAAGCGAAACAGUUAAAGCUGGUGGAGGAGCAAAAUCAGCUGCUGGCGCAGAUUUUUGAGACGUUGCAGCGCAGCAAACACCAGGACAACACGAGUGACCUGGAGUAGUUGGUGAUGAGCUGACAUGGAGUACAAGUAAUUUGAAUGGAUCAAAUAUUUUAC